AUGUUUUCGGUUGUAUUAUUAUCAUUGAUUGCAGUAUUGGUAGUAACGAUCUAUUUCUACAUAAAAUGGAAAUACUAUACACUACGUGGUUCAGUUCCUGGUUUAGAGCCUGAAUUUCUAUUUGGUAAUCUUCGUCAACUUGGUAUCAUCACAUCAAAUAAAGAAUUAAUUGAUUCAUAUAUACAUGGUUGUGAAAAAAUGCAAAAAUUAUAUGGAGAUAUAUUUCAAUUUUGGCUUGGUGCAAAUCAUUUUUAUGUCUUUUGUCGUCCUGAACAUGCUGAAGAAAUCUAUACUCAUCGUCAUAUAUUUGAUCGUGCUGAUAUGCGUAUAAAAACAUUUGGUUUAGUAGCAGAAAAUACAUUAAUUGCUACUAUUGGUUCAGAAUAUAAACGACAUGCAAGAGCAAUUUUACCAAUGUUAAAAAAACAUAAAUUUGUAUCACAAACUUUAAUUAUAACUAAUUGUGUUGAUCAAUUAAUUGAUAUUUGGAAACAAAGAUAUGAAAAUAAAGAUGAUAAUAUAUGUACAUGUCUAGUAAAUGAUAAUCAACAAUUAUUAUUGGAUUUAUUUACAUUAAUAACAUUUGAUUAUGAUUUGGGUAAUUUAAAACGUUUAGCAAAAUCUGCUAUAUCAUUAAAUAGAAAAGAAAAUUUUGAAUUAUCUGAAAUGACAAAUGCUUUAUUUACUUGGUUAAAUACAUUAAAACGUAUUACAAUUAAUGGAAUACCAUACUUCAUUAAUUAUUAUUUAUUAAAAUUUGAUAGAAAAUUUCAAAAUGCUUUAAAAAUAUUGGAAAAACAUAUCGAAAAAAUUAUCAUUCAUUGUCAACAAGAAACAGAUCCUGAUAUGAAACCAAUUAAUCUUGUUGCAUCAUUAGUAUCAUCAUUACAAGAUGAUGAAAAUUUAGAAAGAUUAAAACCCGAAAUAGAAAAGAAAGGAAUUAGUAAAAAAGAAUUACUUGAUGAAUUAUUAGGAUUAAUUGCAGCUGGUUUUGAUACAAGUUCAAAUGUAAUUUCUUGGUUUAUUUAUUAUGUUAGUAAAAAACCUGAAAUUCAACAAAAAAUAAAAGAAGAAUUAAAACAAAAUGGUAUUAGAAAAGAAACAUCUUUAGAUCAUUUUGAUUUAUUAAAUGAAUGUAAAUAUAUUGAUUGUGUUUUGAAAGAAACAUUACGAUUAGCACCGAUUGGUUUAGGUGGAUUUCGAACACUUAUUGAUGAUACUGUUAUCGAUGGAGUUAAACUUUGCAAAGGAGACACAGUUCUUUCAUUAAUGCAUUUCAUGCAACAAGAUCCUAGAAACUGGAAACUAGAUCCAACACAAUUUAUUCCUGAAAGAUUUUAUGGUACUGAUGCUCCCGAUAUAAAUCAUCAUCCAUUUGCAUAUUCACCAUUUGGUGGUGGACAUCGAGCUUGUGCCGGACAAGAAUUAGCUCGAUUAGAAUUAAAAAUUAUUAUUACUCGUUUAAUGCAAUUUGUUACUUUUGUUGAUACACCUGGCAACAAUGGUGGCCAUCGUCAACAGAUGGCAGUUGCACCAAAAGACCUUGCAGUUGAAAUCAAAUUUGAUUAA